GUAAUUAGAGGACAAAGUUUCCAUUAAAUCAUAUCCGCUAAUGUAAUUCAUAUUCCUUUUGUUCAUCUAUGCUGUGGAUUCUCGGUCUAUGGUUUACACGAAUUCAAAGUGAUUUUGUUAAAUUUUAUUCUUCCCUUUAACCCGAAUUUUAAAUUUGUUAACUUUGAUCGUUUAGUAAUACAAUGCGUAAUCAAAUGUCAACUUUCAACCUGUCUUUAAUCUGGUUUAACCUUAACAAACCAGUAGACAUUAUUACAAGAUUUUUUGGUGGUUAUGACACUUGGUGACCUCCGGUCAUCAGAUAUUGCUGAUUUUCAUUGGAUAUUUAAGGCUGAAAUAGUUACAAUGUUCAAAUCUGUUGAUUGUUCGUUCAGUGUUUAAUGUGAAAAGUUGCCAAUCGGCUCAAAUGAUGCGGGCUUUCAAUUGAUUGAGGAUAUGCGCAAUCUUUUCCUUCUUCAAAAGGUUUGAGUGAUUUUUCUGGUUCGCUUGUUAACUCACGUUAAAUCUAGUUGUGAUUUUCUUGCAAGUUUUUCAUCCUUGUUACAUGUCUAUUUUUGCUGUGAUUUUCUUGGCUCAAGGUUGCCAGAUUACCCUUCAAAAAGUUAAAAUUGAUGCUUAAUUGUAAAGACAAAUAAGUACAAGAACAUGGGAAAGCAUAAUAGUAAACUUAAACCCGAAGUGAUUCAAGAUCUACGCCAGUCAACCGAAUUCACAGAAUCUGAGAUUCAUGAUUGGUACAAAGGAUUUCUCAAAGAUUGUCCAACAGGUCACUUAUCGAUGGACGAGUUUAAGAAAAUUUACGGCAACUUUUUUCCUCAUGGUGAUGCCUCCAAGUUUGCAGAACAUGUUUUCCGAACUUUCGAUGCCAAUUGUGAUGGAACCAUUGAUUUUAGGGAAUUCCUUUGUGCCUUAAGUGUUACUUCUAGAGGAAAACUUGAACAAAAACUUCGAUGGGCAUUUAGCAUGUACGAUUUGGAUGGUAAUGGUUAUAUUUCCAGAUAUGAAAUGCUUGAAAUUGUUUCGGCAAUAUACAAAAUGGUUGGUUCUUUAAUGAAAAUGCCAGAAGAUGAAUCAACUCCAGAAAAAAGGACCGAGAAAAUAUUUCGUCAAAUGGAUAAAAAUCUUGAUGGUCGACUUUCUAUGGAAGAGUUCAUAGAAGGAGCUAAAAGUGACCCUUCGAUUGUUCGCCUUCUUCAAUGUGAUCCUCAAUCAUAAUAUAACAAAUUACCAAAAGCGCAUUAAUUUUACUGCACAUCUGAUCUUCAAUUAUUUAUCGUUUCCUUUUCGUUUUUUUGUCUAUUGAUAUUUUUCCUCUGUUUACAAAAUUUGGUCUGUUUUCCUGAUUGUUUGCUUUUCUAGUCCAUUCAAUGUUGAUUGAUCAAUCUUCAACGACAUUUUCACAUCAUCACCAUGACUUUCCUUGUUUAUUUUAUUUCUGUGUAUUAUAUCUUUCUCCCUUUUUCUGGUCUCUCUUGCUAAACCUGAAAUACAGUCACCAUCCAGAUAAUGUACCAAUGUGAGAAUAACCUAUUUACAUUAUUUGUCCGGCAACUCAAUUACCUGAUUUUCUAUCGUGUUUAAUGGCUCAAGUUGAACUCACAUCAUUAACUGAUUUUAUAAAUUUUCUGAUUUCUAUUUUACAAGCAGAAAUGAAAUUCGAUACAAUUCGAUAAUUACUGUGAACCAAAGCAUCUCAAAAAUAAAAUGCCUUAAGACAAAAUGACCAUUAA